CAGUACGUUACGAUCACAAUGCCUGAGCCGAGGCGUGGAAUCAAGCCUUCUGACUGAAGUGACGCUACAGCCGGCUGAAGCAAACACAACACGACGCGUGCUCGGACAGUCUCAGAGGGAAACAAACAUGUUGUUGUUUGAAAUCGCUUUAUUCUCCGUUUCCGCGACAGAAAGCCUCGGAGGAGAGUUUAGUUCGUUCUCGUUCAUCGGCAGAGUUUCAUUGAAAAGUCUACAGCCUGUCACACGGCACUCAGUCUGACUGAAACAGGAGAGCAGCAGCAGUUUUACAGACACGUAAAGACAGUUUGAAGCACACUUACUUGCUCAGGAUGCAAGUAAAGAAAAAGAGGAGCUCCGAAGACCCUCAACGGGAUGAUAUAAAGAAAAAAGCAUCAUGCUUUUCAAAUAUUAAGAUAUUUUUAGUAGCUGAAUGUGCUCUGAUGUUGGCACAAGGCACGGUGGGCGCAUACUUGGUAAGUGUGCUGACCACGCUGGAGCGCCGUUUUAAUCUUCAGAGCACUGAUGUGGGCGUGAUUGCCAGCAGCUUUGAGAUUGGCAACCUGGCCUUCAUUUUAUUCGUUAGUUACUUUGGUGCCAAAGCCCACCGUCCUCGGUUAAUUGGCUGUGGAGGCAUCGUCAUGGCCCUGGGAGCGCUGCUAUCCGCAUUACCCGAGUUUCUCGCCAGUCAGUACAAGAUCACAGACUCCUGGACCAAAGAUCUGGGGCGAGAUGUAUGCUCCAACACUUCAAAAGUAGAUGAACUGUGUGGGAACAAAGCCAACACCAACAUGAUGUACCUGCUUCUGAUCGGAGCACAGGUCCUGCUGGGAAUCGGCGCCACUCCUGUGCAGCCCUUGGGUGUGGCCUACAUAGAUGAUCAUGUACAAAAGAAAGACUCAUCUCUCUAUAUAGGUAUACUCUUUUCCACACUGGUAUUUGGACCUGCUUGUGGUUUUAUCCUGGGUUCUGUCUGUACCAACAUUUAUGUGGAUGCUUUGUUCAUUGAUACAACCAAGUUGAACAUCACUCCCGAUGACCCCCGCUGGAUCGGCGCAUGGUGGGGCGGCUUUCUCCUCUGCGGUGUCUUACUUUUCUUCUCCUCCCUCUUCAUGUUCGGUUUCCCCCAAUCACUGCCAGGCAAGGAGGUCGUGGGAGGAGUUGAGAGUGAACAGACAAUGCUGCCCCCCUCUUUAGCCCAAGAUUAUGAGAUAUCCAAACCCAGCAAUGGAGUCCUGCAGAACAGCCAACCUAACAACAACAACCUAUCCUGCUGCCAACAGCUCCGAGUUAUUCCCAAGGUGACUAAGCACCUGCUGUCAAACCCGGUGUUCACAUGCAUCGUGUUAGCUGCCUGUAUGGAGAUUGCGGUUGUCGCUGGAUUUGCUGCCUUCCUCGGAAAAUAUCUGGAGCAGCAGUUUAACUUGACUACCACAUCUGCUAACCAGCUACUGGGUAUGACAGCGAUCCCAUGUGCUUGUCUGGGAAUAUUCUUGGGAGGAUUACUGGUGAAAAAGCUGAACCUGACGGCUCUUGGAGCCGUUUAUAUGGCCAUGCUGGUCAAUCUCAUCUCCACUGCCUGUUAUGUGUCCUUUCUCUUCCUGGGCUGUGACACAGGACCUGUCGCUGGGGUGACCUUCCCCUAUGGCAACGAGACACUGCAAGUAGGCCAGAGGCCGGAAGUACCCUGCAUGAGUCAUUGUAACUGCUACACUUCAUCUGUUAGCCCCGUUUGUGGUUCCAAUGGUGUGACCUACUUGUCUUCCUGUUUCGCCGGCUGCACCCGAGCCAUCAGCACCGGACUACCGCCUCCGCUCUCGCAGAACCUGACAGGGUGUGGGUGCGUCUCUGGAUACAGUGACUCUGCCACAGCUGUGCCUGGCAAAUGUCCACGGCCCGGCUGCCAGGAGGCCUUCCUCACCUUUCUGUGUGUGAUCUGUGCCUGCAGUAUGAUUGGAGCCAUGGCCCAGACACCCUCUGUCAUCAUCCUCAUCAGAUCCGUGAGCCCUCAGCUGAAGUCUUAUGCCCUCGGACUUCUUUUUCUGUUGCUCCGGCUGAUAGGAUUCAUUCCCCCGCCUUUGAUAUUUGGUGCGGGGAUCGACUCCACGUGUCUUUUCUGGAGCACAGAGUGCGGGGAGAAAGGUGCCUGUAUGCUGUACGACAACGUGACCUACCGACACCUGUACGUAAGCAUGGCCAUAGUCCUCAAGAUAGUGGCGUUCCUCCUCUACACAACCACCUGCCAAUGCUUGCGCAGAAACAAACAGAAAUAUAUCAAAAAUCUUCAGGCAUAUGUUACGCCCACUGAAAUGUUCUCGUCCAGCAUGAAUCUGGACAGUCUGGGAAAAGACAGUCAGAACCAUGUCAGCAGGACUAAAUUUAUAUAUAACCUGGAGGAUCACGAGUGGUGCGAAAACAUAGAGUCCGUUUUAUAGUGGGUUAAACUACUCAUGUGCCUACAACUCUACCGAAGGAUCGUGCAGGACUGCCGCGGCUCUUCAGACUCUCAAUUUACGUAUACUGGGUCCAUCUUGUUUUUAUACUGUAAGUACCUUUAAGGAAGGUAUGUGUUGAGUGCCAGUUAUAUGUUGUAGUAGUUUAAAGCAUUUACAUUGCUGUCAGACAUACUGACCUGUAGUAAGCUGGUUUACUAAGUUUCACCCACCUGUCCGUUAGCUGUUGUCAAACUCAAAUGCAAUUGUAAAAGACACUGAACAUUUUUAUGAUAUGCUAAGAUAAAAAAAAAAACAAGCCCAAGUUUUUUAUUGGAGGCAAUUGUGGAUGUCAUUACAUCACACCACGUCCAAGCAGUUUAUUGAUACUAACAAUAUCUUAAAUUAUAUACUUUAUAAUGCAAUUUUAUACUGUAUGUAAAAACAAUAUCAGUUAUUUUUCAAAACAUUCAUUUGAACUGCAUUCAAGAGUGUCUGUGUCAUGUGCUUCUUGUUUUAAGUGCUUUUUCUUGUUUAUUUAUAUUGUUUAUAAAGCCCUAAAUGUCUUAAUUUGUUCUUGAGAUAGAUAAUGUUUAUUGUUAUUAUCUUUAUAUAUCUGUGCAAUAUUGGGUGAGUGUGUUUUGAAGAAACACCUGAGAGGUUAUAUAUACUUUGUAACAUUUGCCAUUAGAUUUGUGGAUGAUGAAGACUUUUAGGUAUAGAGAUUGCAGAAGGUUUAUGCAUAAUUUUAGUACUUUAAUAAGAAUGCUUUUGUAUCCAGAUGACAAUAUCAAACUGUAAUGGAGUAGACUGUAGAAGUAUGACAUGACUGAAACUACAGUAAAUUAAAAUGGCUGUUUUAUUAAGUGCUACAUUGUCAUUCAUGAUGAGUAAUGUUCUCACUUUUGGGUCCUUGCUUUAGAUAAACUAAUAAUAAUAUGUUCUUAAGAUCAGUUUGGGCCCUUUUUUGGUAUUUUACAUGGUUGAAAAAAAUGAAAAAUUAAUUUUAUACAGUUGUAAUGUUACUGUACAUGUGUGUAAAAAAAAUGUGUGUAUACCUUUAGGAGGAUAAUUGCUUGGAUUGAGAUUAAAAGACUUUAUUUCACUUACUGCAAUAAUAUAUGGCACUGUGGGUCCUUUAGGAUUUUAGAAAUAGUGUUGUAAAUCAAUUCGGGAUAAAAAUUGUUCAUGAUGAAUUCAUAAUUUCAAAUUUAAUUAAUUUCCUCUUAAAUUUAAUAUCACAACAGUCUUGUUUUACAGGCAAAGAUGUCACUGUGGUUAAAGCAGUGUGCUUUUCAUGUUAUUUUUUAAUGGCAAAAUUAUUUUUAUUUUAUUUUGCAAAUAAAUUAUUUUCAGAAUA